AUGCGUGUAUUAUAUUUUAUACAUUUCGUGUUUGGCGCAGUACAAGCUAGUUAUUAUAGAAGCGAAAGUAUUUCCAAUGGUAUUCACGAAAUUCCAAAGGUUGAAGGGACGGACAUAGUAACCUGGUGUACAACAUCCGUACCAGAACAGAAAAAGUGCCAGAAAUUAGCAAAAACCGUGUUACAAGACAAAGGUCUAUUUGGAAAAGACUUCAUUGAAGUUCAAUGUAAAAGGGCAUUUGACAUAGAAGAAUGCAUGACAUGGGUUGAUCAAGGAGAUGCAUCCUUAGUGGCAUUGGAUGCAGGAGAAGUGUAUGUUGCUGGUCGAUAUCAUUCUCUAGUGCCCUUAUUACAAGAGGUGUAUGGUGCUGGGGAACCAUACCAAUAUGCAGUAGCUGUUGUCAAGAAAGGAGGCUUACCGCAAGUGCAACCAGGGAUUGGUUUAAGUGGGCUGCGUGGUGCUAGAGCCUGUUUCCCAGGUGUUGGAUCACUUGCUGGAUGGGUCAUGCCCAUACAUGUGUUGAUAAAAGAAGGUGGUCUAAAAAUAACAGACUGCAAUAAUCAUGUCAAAUCUGCUGUGGAGUUCUUUGGUGAUUCUUGUGCACCUAACUCUCUUAAGGAUCUUUAUAAUCCCAUCGGUGAUAAUCCAGACCAAUUAUGCAAACUUUGUUCCGGCGGUGCUGGGGUGCGUUGCACUUUGGCUGACCCCUAUGCGGGCUACGAAGGUGCUCUUAAAUGCCUCGUGAGUAACAGUACUGGAGAAAUAGCCUUUGUACGGGACAGCACUAUACAACAUGCGUUACUCUCGCAUAAGAUUUUGGGGGGCGUGACGGAAGCAGACUUCGAGCUGAUAUGCCGAGACGGAUCACGCGCAACAGUAACGCAAUGGGAAAGAUGCAACUGGGGUCGUGUUCCGGCUGAUGCAGUUCUCACAUCCAGUGUGGCUUUGCCUAGCCAGCGGGCUAAAUUUCAAAACCUACUCAUGAAGAUCGUGGAACUGUAUGGCGAACCGAAUCCUAUGAACAAAAUGUCGAAUCGUACUGAUUCGUAUCAACAAGACGCUUACGGGAAUUGGUUGUCCUCUACCACGGAGCAGAGUCGAUACUAUGACGGCUUCAGGCGGAACCAGUUUGAUAGAACGGAGGGCGAAAGCACAACUGUAUCACCGUACAAACCCAGAGUGGACAAUUAUGGCCAACCUAUUGAGCUGCCAUUUAAACUGUUCCAAUCUGAUGGCACUACGGAUCUUCUCCUACAGGAUUCUACAAUAAGCUUCCGAGUCCUCAAUGAGGAGGAACAAGCAGCUCAGCAUAUCUUGAACAAUAAAUACGUCGGCGACCAAGCGGAGAAGGCGGUUAUUGGCAUUCGAGACUGUCCUGUCAAAAGGGCGACUUUGUGCGUCACCAGCGAACCAGAGUACGACAAGUGUAUAAAAAUGAGGGUAGCUUUAAAGGCCGCAUUUCUAUCGCCCGUGCUGGUGUGUUGGCGCGCUCACAGUUCCCGACACUGCGAGCGAGCUAUCGCAGACGGAACUGCCGAUAUGGCGUUGUUCGACGCCGCUGAUAUGUUGCACGCGGCCUAUAAAUACCGGCUGGUACCCUUCAUGCAAGAAGUGUACUCUAGCGGCGAUAGUUGGUACUACGCAGUCGCGGUAGGCAAAGAACAGGAUCCCGAUACAGAUCUGACAUACCUUCGUGGCAAGAACACUUGUCAUACUGGCAUAGGCAUGGCUGCUGGAUGGAUUUAUCCGUUAGCAUAUCUUAUGUCUAAUGGGUGGAUCAGGCCAUAUGGUUGCGACGGUGCGCACGCGGCUGCGCAGUACUUCUCGAAGUCAUGCGCCCCUGGCGCCCUCAGCAGCGAGUAUGUGGACUCGGGGACGGUGCCUCACGACAACUUGUGCCAUCUCUGUCAUGGAGCGUCUUUCCGCCGCUGUAGACGCGACGCCAGCGAAGAUUACUUUGGACACGUGGGUGCGAUCCGGUGUAUGGUGGAAGGUGGUGGCGAUGUUGCCUUCGUCCGUCACACAGCACCGGCUGAAGUGGCCGGGGGGCGAAGACGCGAAUGGUGGGCCAGGGAUCUACUUGUAGACGAUUUGCAACUCAUGUGCCCUGAUGGUACCCGUGCGAAGGUCCACGAAUAUAAACAUUGCAACUUGGGCAAAGUGCCCGGUUCCGUACUGAUGGGGCGAGCUAACCACACAGAGCUUGAUACCUUCUCAAACCUUAUGUUAUAUGCUCUACAGCUGUAUGGAGCUACUGUCAACGAUGAUUUUAGUUUCAGCAUGUUCUACUCGAAACCUCCCUACGCUGAUUUGAUAUUCAGUGACGCAGCCGUCCGCCUAAAGCCCUUGCCACACAACAGACGUUCCGCAGAAGUAAUAGCGGGCACGUCUCUACCGCGCGCGGCCCGCAUCAUCUCGUGUGACGCGCCACAAGCCUCAUAUUAUAUAGCUUCGGACCCGGACUUCCUCUCCAGUGCAUAUAAGUGUGGUAUCGUGGGGCAUUUGGUAGCGAUUUCUUUAUUCUUCAUAGCUCUAUUGAGAUAA